CUGCUCUCUGUGGGGACUCUCUUGACUUAGUAACAAAAUCUGUUGUCAAACGUUGCUAAGGAAGUAAUUGCGCAACUCUCAAAUUAGCCACUCUGGAUGCUGUGAAACCAGUCCGUUAACCAGAGGUGCUUCUCAGUUAGCGACGAUCCGUCUCCACCCAACCUGACCAACGCUGCUCUCAGACAUGACGAGAGGAUGACUGAGAAUGGAGAGCACAGCCCGACCCAGCAGGGCUCUCCAGACCUCCUUAGCAGACCCAGAAUCCACCAAGGAACACAACGAGGGCCUUAAAAACACCGCUAGAAAUGCAAAGGGAGAUAUCAGUCCAUACCAGCCUUGGCCACUGCUGCCCAGGCGGUCAAAGUCCAGCAAAAGCGUCUCGGCGGAGGAGGCCGUGAGCACCAGGAGGCUGAGGAACAGCGAGGAGAGUCUGAGUGACCCGGUGGAGACCAGCUCCUCCACGGACUCGCUUAAAGAGGACCGAGCAGCCCCGGCUCCAGGUGGGUUCGUUCUCAGCGAGGACGCCCCCAUCAGGCCCGACGGGGACUCCUAUGCCAGACCCGUCUCCGCUGUUUCGGCGGGAUGCCCGGUCUUCAGGGACAGAAGCGGCAGUCCGUCCGAGUCCGACAAGAGGCCCCACAGUCGGCAGAGCGACCCCACGGACCACCGAGCGAGGCCCACCAAGGUGCGCCUGUCUCCGGUGCAACCCGCCGGGACGCUGCCUGCUCUGGGGAAGAGCUUUGCGUCGGCCUCUUUGAAGGCGGCUAAUAGGAUUGACGGGGAUUGUGUGGAUUACGGCGCGUUGGCCAGAGAGAAACUCGGGGAGAGACUCCACAGGAACCUGAGCGAUAGCCGGCUUCUGGAGAACAUGGGGUCGGACAGUGCCUCUGUCAGCUCCAUGAGGUCCACCUACAGCGUGCUGAGCCCCAUCAGGCCACAGGAUGUGAGGAACAGGAGCUUCCUGGAGGGCAGCGUGCUGGGGAGCGGCGCCUUGCUCGGGGCCGAGGAGCUGGACCGCCACUUCCCCGACAGGAGAGCAGGCAUCUACAUAGCCACUUGGAACAUGCAGGGGGAGAAGGGGCUUCCAGCUAACUUGGAUGAUCUCCUCCUUCCUCCGGACACUGAAUUUGCACAAGACUUUUAUGUCAUUGGGGUCCAGGAGGGCUGUCCUGACAGAAGGGAGUGGGAGACCCGUCUCCAGGAGACUCUGGGACCUUACUACGUCAUGCUGUAUGCUGCGUCACAUGGCGUUUUGUACCUCACAGUAUUUGUCAGGAGAGAUCUCAUCUGGUUCUGCUCAGAGGUGGAGCACGCCACGGUCACAACCAGGAUCAUCUCUCAGAUCAAGACCAAAGGGGCCGUGGGACUCGCCCUUACCUUUUUUGGCACCUCCUUCCUCUUCAUCACGUCCCAUUUUACCUCUGGAGAUGCCAAAGUUUACGAGAGAGUACUAGAUUACAACAAGAUCGUCGAGGCGCUGGCUCUCCCUAAAGGCCUUCCAGACACCAACCCGUAUCGCUCCACAGCAUCCGACGUCACCACGAGAUUCGACCAGGUCUUCUGGUUCGGAGAUUUUAACUUCCGGCUGUGUAAAGACCGGGUCGACGUGGAGGCCAUCAUGAAGCGCACAGCGGACGGCAAAAUGGGCCCCCUGCUGGAGCACGACCAGCUCUCUAAGGAAAUGAAGGAGGGCUCGAUCUUUAAAGGUUUCCAGGAGGCACCGAUACACUUCCUCCCCACGUACAAGUUCGACAUAGGCUGCGACGUCUACGACACGACCUCGAAGCAGAGGACGCCGUCGUACACGGACCGGAUCGUGUUCAGGAGCAGGCAGGCCGACGACAUACGAGUCGUCAAGUACACGAGCUGCUCCAGCAUCAAGACCUCCGACCACCGGCCCGUCGUCGGCGUCUUCCAGGUCAAACUCAGGCCAGGCAGAGACAAUAUUCCCUUAGGUGCGGGACAGUUUGACAGAGUCUUGUACUUGGAGGGCAUCAGGAGGAGGAUCACCAGAGAGCUGAAGAGGAGGGAGGCCAUGAAGAACCAAAGAAGCAGCAGCGUGUGCACCGUCUCCUAAAAUCCCCCAGAAACCACCUGAGGAACGUAAACUAGGAAACAAAAAGAAAAACACCAGCGUUGUCUUAACCUUGGUGGUGGUGGUGGCGACUGAGCAGAGGGCGCCCCCCUGUGGGGCAUCGCUAGGAGCUGCCCGUGUGUUUGGCUGAACUCCAGGGCAGGCACCUCGAGGACACACACACACACACUCACACUAAGGUUUGCAGACACAGCAGCAGUCUGGCCUUAAUUUAUUCAGACCCCUCUAUUCAAACAUGACUAAGACUGAACGAGAAGGGGGGGGGCGGGGGUAGCUGGGGGCGGGGCUUACUCUUCAGCCACGUGCUCCAAUGUGAGCUGAAGACCCCCUAACCUUAAAUGCUCCGUUACUGCAUUCAUUCUCUUAAGAUUUUUUUUUUGGAGGUGAUUCCAAAGCAUCAUGAACCACAAUGUUGAGUCUGUCCGCUUUUGCAUGUGUCGUCAAAUAUAUACAUUAAGAGAGGCAUACAGUCUUGAUGGCAUUUUGGAGGCGAUUCUGACUUGAAUCUAUCUUGAAUCACUGCUUUUUACACCCUACUGUUACAUUUCAAGGGGAUCGAAUGUAUUUGACAGCUUAUGUCUUUCAUAUUUUGCAGGAACUCACUGACUACAAAAAGAUAAUUUACUGUUAACGCCUGUCACGACUUUGUGAUCCAAGUGCAGCAGAUCGUAAGGCGAUGCCUUUCCUUACAUCUCCACCCUACAUGUACUGUAUCGGAGUUAACAUUUUAAUCAAGUUGCAUUCCCAGCCAGGAGAAUAGUCUGCCUCUAAAAAGUGCCUGUUAAUCUUGUUUUUAUUUCCUUAAGACCUUUUAACUUUAUCCUCAUUUUUUACAAAUCACUGUAUUUAAAGUUGCAAAAUGGAAGCUAGCAAAACUAAAAUUAAAGUUUUAAAACCCA